CUCUCAGAGUUACUUCAUCCAUUCUUCUUACAUCUUGAAUAGUUUCUCUACUCUUAAAUUAAGCUAAUGGCUUCUCAGGCAAUAGCAAGCCACCGAGAGGGAGCUGAGGCGUUCCACGGCGAUGAAAUCUGCAAGAAGAAGUCGAUCGAACUGCUCGAAGAGCUCUGCCUUCCAAAGGGUCUCUUUCCCUUGGAAGACAUCGAGGAAUUCGGCUACAACCGUGCUUCUGGCUUCAUAUGGCUGAUCCAAAAGAAGAAGAAGGAACAUGUGUUCAAGCAGAUCAAGAGAGCCGUGUCUUAUGCUUCGGAGGUGACUGCCUUUGUUGAGAAGUAUAAGCUGAAGAAGAUGACUGGUGUUAAGACAAAGGAGCUCUUACUAUGGCUCUCUGUUGUGGAAGUCUAUUUUGAGAAUCCAACAUCUGAGAAACUCACCUUCAAAACUGGCACAGGACUCUCUGAUAGCUUCAUAGCUUCUGCUUUUGACCUGUAGAGAUAUCUAUCGAUAUAAGAGAAGAGAAGACAACAAGAUCAAAUAAUUUGAGGAUUUAAUUCAUGAUUGCAAUCUUUUCAUGUAUGUUUUAUAUGCAAUUACAUUGUCUUCUAUUGUUUUUUCUUCUUUAUGUGAUGAUGCAUUUAGUAUUUACAUGCGUUACUGUAUUUGUGGUUGUUAAUGAAAUCUUCGCUGCUUAAUCUGAGCAGAAAUC